UAUGCACCUAGACGGACGUGUCAUUUAUCCUUUUGUGCUUUAUUGAGAAAAAAAAUCCCCAUAUGGACUUUGCGUUGGGAAUUCGUUGCGCCGCUUCAUAGUUUUUUAGUUUUUUUUUUAAGGUUUAAUCAUGUUGAAGAAUAAUGGAAAGAAGACAGCUAUCUCUGUAGCCAGCACGGCAUGCCUCUGCCUGCUGCUGCUCCUGGUUGCAGUGCAGCAUCACCGCGCUCAGGUGGAUGAGGAGACGCGCGGCGAGGACACCGGGACGCGCUCUCUGCUCCAAGACGCCGCGCGGGGAGAGGCGAUGGAGGAGGAGGGCGCACAGGUUAAGAGAGGGUUCUCCGCGUACUUCACCAAACUGACCCGGGGACGGAGGGAGGUGGAGAAGCCCGCACGCUCCUCUACGCCCGCCGCCGACCCGCCUCCAGCUGAGGACAUCAGCGCUGAUGACAUCUUCAUCGCCGUGAAGACCACCAAGAAGUUCCAUCAGUCCAGGCUGAACCUGCUCCUGGACACAUGGAUCUCAAGAAACACGCAACAGACCUACAUCUUCACGGAUGGAGAGGAUGAGGAGUUAAAAAAGAAAAUCGGGAGUCAUGCAAUCAACACCAACUGCUCUGCAGCUCAUAGCCGACAAGCUCUGUCUUGCAAGAUGGCAGUGGAAUAUGACAAGUUCAUAGAGUCGGGGAAAAAGUGGUUCUGUCACGUAGAUGAUGAUAACUACGUGAAUGUUCGGACUCUGGUGAAGUUCCUGUCCCAGUACCCCCACACCCAGGACAUGUAUCUGGGUAAACCCAGCCUGGACCGGCCCAUAGAGGCCACGGAGAGGCUGGGGGACAAUAAGAUGAAGCCAGUCAACUUCUGGUUUGCUACUGGGGGAGCAGGUUUCUGUGUGAGCCGGGGUCUGGCGCUGAAGAUGAGCCCGUGGGCCAGCGGGGGUCAUUUCAUGAACACGGCGGAGAAGAUCCGCCUUCCCGAUGACUGCACCAUCGGCUACAUCAUCGAGUCUGUUCUGGGGGUUCCUCUGACCCGCAGCAACCUGUUUCACUCCCACCUGGAGAACCUGCAACAAGUGUCAAGAUCUGAGAUCCACAAGCAGAUCACCCUCAGUUAUGGGAUGUUUGAAAACAAGAGCAACAUCAUCAAUUUGAAAGGGGCUUUUUCUGUGGAGGAGGAUCCAUCAAGGUUCAAGUCUGUGCAUUGUCUCCUGUAUCCAGACACCCCAUGGUGUCCCCCUCAGGUUGCCUUUUAGGGCGACCGCUCCUUUCUCAUCCUCGUCCCUGUCGUGCCUCGGUAUCUGAAAGGCUCGUGGGGACCAGCGUUUGGUAUUAGACCGUGCGGCUGCUGUAUUCUUGCUGCAGUUGUGUGCGGUCUUUAAUAGUUUUACUGGGCUGCUGUGCGGCCCGCCUCGGGACUUUUCCUUCCUGCACGGAGCCAGGACCUCGUCCCAUAACGCUCGGGUGGAGGACUCCGGCUCCCGGCAGGAAGUAGCUUUCAGCGUUAAGCUUUGCAGGCAAUCAGUUGAGUUUUGUGAUGUAUAUGUUGCUUGUAAAUGUAUCUGCAAUUCUCAUAGAAUGUAUUGUCAUAUAUUCAAGCCUUUUUGCCAGCUUUACAUUAACAUUAAUUUAGUUUUAGCUUUUUAAAAACAUGCAAAGCCAUGCAGGUCUUUGUUUGUAGGCUUUUACCGCAUAUAACUGGUUGUUUCAGGCAUUUUUGUUUAGAUCUCUGAACUCUGACGACUCCGGACAAACGCUCUGAUAUGAAGAUAUAGUUGUGCUUUAGAGUUAACAGUGUUAUUUCUCUUCACAACCUGAGCUGGCAGUAGGCAGAUUUCCAAAUGCAUCUUUAUGUGACCUAAUCUGAAGUAUAUCAAGACAAAGCACUUUUUGAUAUUUUUCAGUGAAAUGACCUAAUUUACAUCCUGUUGACAUGCUUCAGAUUUGUGUCUAAACUAGGAAAAAAAAAAGAAAAUAACCCCCUCAAAAUCUCAGUAUCUGCUCAUUUUUAUGUAUUUAAUAACACUCCUUGCAUUUGUUACAAUCAGGGAAAAAACGAGGAGCGAUGAGAUUUUGGGGUUACGAUCUGGGGUUACAAUCAUGAAUUGCUUUGAGAAGUUUUUUUUUUUUUUUGUUUAAAAAUUGCACAGCUGAGUUUCAAAUGAGCUGAUGUUUGCUCCUGGAAAGACGCUCACCUCGUGAGGUUCAACAGUGGACGAUGAAUGAAUUUUAGCUGAGAGCCAUUUGAAGAGAACAGUGUGAAUCAAUGGCAUCUAAAUAAUAACCACAUGUGUAAUCUGAGCCACAGUCUAUAAUAAUUUGCACAAAAGCCUGCUGUGGCUCUGUUAUUAUUAACAUUAAUGUUCUUUAUUUACACAUAAUACUUGCUGGUUACUGUUGAGGCCUGUGAGGUGAGAACUUAACAAGAGCAACAUCAGUGUUUCCACAUGGAGGUGUUUGUUCCCUCUGUGUCCUCUCUCACCCAUAUUGGGUUACACUGUACAUCUUGAUUACAGUAUUGUGUACUGUGCCUUUGUUUAAAUGCGUAGUGAUUGUAUAAUGUUUAGAAUGUCAUUUCCCCCUUGUGGUUGACAAAUGCUUUCAAUGACCUGGACAUGAUUUUUGUACUACUUUGAACUGUGUUAAAUGACUGUGGUGUUUAUUCUCCAGUAUCUGGAGGGUUUGAACAGUUCAUUCCCAAUACUGGCUUCUCAGGGAUUAUGAGCUGAUCCUGGUAUUAACUACCAUGGGACCCACGGUGGGACCUAAAACUUUGAAUAAAAGUGCAUAACCACUGAGAA